GUUACUUCCCUUACAAUCUGUUAUCAUUGUAAUUAAUGUUGACAUCAUGGGGAUAUUCUUUGUAAUUAUUCCUAUCUCCAUCCUGAUAUUAACUAUAGUCUUACAUUUUAUGUUCCGAUCUAAGACUAUCCGAAACAUCCAUGGUUAUCAUAUUGUCGUGACUGGUGGAUCAAGCGGUAUUGGUAAAUCUGUGGCACUUUAUGUUGCUUCAAAAGGUGCAAAUGUCACUUUAUUAGCCCGCAAUCAGGAAAGACUCCAAAAUGUAGCAGAUGAAGUACAAAAAUGUUUUAUUGAUGAACAACAGAAAGUAGUUACAGCCUCAGUUGACUUGUCCAAAAGUUACCAAGAUGUAGAAAAUACCAUGAAGAAGGUUAUUGAAGACCAAGGGAAAGAAGUUGACAUUUUAGUCAAUUGUGCUGGAACAUCCAUGAGUGCUGACUUUGAAAAAACCAGUAUUGAUGAUUUUAAGUAUAUGAUGGAUGUCAAUUAUUUUGCCAGUGUUUAUGCCACCAAAUCUGUGAUUGGUAGCAUGAAAGCCAGGAAAGAAGGUUCCAUUGUCUUUAUAUCAUCCCAAGCUGGCCAGCUUAGUUUUUAUGGUUACACAGCCUAUUCUAGUUCCAAAUUUGCAUUAAAAGGGUUAUCUGAAGCCUUACAGAGUGAACUGAAACCUUACAAUGUUGGUAUAACCCUUGCCUUCCCACCUGAUACAGACACACCAGGUUUUGCAGAAGAACAGAAGUCAAAACCGAAAGAGACUGAACUGAUAUCAGAAACUGGUGGCUUAAUCUCAUCUGAAAUUGUGGCAAAAAAGAUUGUUGAUGAUGUACUGAAGACAGUAAAGAAUUUAUUGAGGGAGAUUUACUUGCUGCAUUCAGUAUAAUGUGUGGCUCUAUAGAAAAUCCCUUGCUGGUUCAAGUGUUUAUCUGGAUGUCUUUGUAUGUGGAGAUUUGAUUAAAGGAAUUGAGACAAGCUGGCCUGUUGUGAGUAUUUUAUGUAAUUUUAGCUGUUUUACAAGUUAUAACUAAAUCAUUUAGUUUAGUUUCUGAUCUCUAAUUAGUUUUGAUAGAUGCAGGGUAGCCAUGUAUCUUCUCUACAGCAGGACACCUGUACUUGUCUCUCUCUGAUACUUAAGCUUUCAGGCCCUGACAAAAAGCCACCUCCUUCUCUCUCAAAUACACUCCCAUUCAGUCGAGGGCACUUUUUACUUUUCUUUUCUCUUGUGAGUUAGUUGGCGACCUCACCAGUUUUGGAGUCACAUAAAAACAAAACAAAACAAAAAAGCAACAACAAAAAUACCUAGUAUACUCUAUUAAGUGGCAAGCAUUAGAAAGGGUAUCAAGGAAUAGAAAUCAUGCCCAACACAGCCCUGCAGCUUGUUGGAACAUGUCAGAGCAUCCAAUCUAUGCCAGCAUAAAAAACAGAUGUUAAAUGAAGAUGAUGUUGAUGUUGUCAAAUCAUGUAAUUAUGAUUUGACAACUUAUUUUCAUUUCAGGAAUAUUCAAGUGGUUAAAAUACUGAUCUCUUGGUUUAUCAGUUGAGAUAUAAAUCCUGUUGGAUCCAUCAACCAGGUAUUCAGUAACAAAGUUUUCACCAGUUCUACUUGUGUUAUUUGACAGAUUAAUAAUAAUGAUAUCCAAAACAAGAUUUCACUGAAGAGGCUUGAAAAAAUAACAAGCCUCUUCAGUGCUUAUUGGUAGACUGAGUGAAGUAGACUAGUGCUGAAGACAGAUCAAAGACAGCUUAGAAAUUGUUAUGUUGUGCUUCCAAAA